AUGGAAGAACUCUUCAGAUUCUCGUUUGAUGAUAGUGGCGUUCGGAAAGUAUUGAAUGCACACUCAGAAGAAUUGAAAAAGCAUCAAGAAGAAAUUGAUGAACUGCGCAGAUUGCUUAGAGAUCGUCCUUCUUUUACAGAUAUCGACAAAAUGAAAGAAGGCAUUCAAAACGAUUACGAUAAGAAAAUAUCAGAUUUACAAAACUACCUCAAUGAUCUUGAAGCAUCAAUGAAUAAGAGAUUCGAACAAUUGCACGAUGAAAUUAAUGGAUUGCCAGGAAAAUUGCAAGCAAACACCCCAAAGUUUGACUCUGAAGCAAUUACAAAGCAACUAGGCCAGCUUGAAGAGAAACUCAAAGUUAUUGAAAAUAACGUUAAUAAAAAUUCACAAGAUCUUCAGAAAUCGAAUAACUACCUUGAAAUAAUGACGUGUGCAUAUGCAGCAAUCAAUAAUAGAAAUGCACCUCUCGAUCAAAAUCUUCGUGAAAAUCUUAAUCAGACUACGGCUUACAUAGUUAAUACGUUUAAACGCCUUAACGAAAAACUAAAUGACCAUGAUCAUCUUCUCAGCCAAUUACAAUCUGAUCUUUCAAAGAAAGCAGAAGCCCGCGAUUUUGUACCUGAAGAAAACCCACAAGUUGUUAAUAAUGUAAUUAACAAUACAAACAUUGAUCUAUCAGGAAUCGGUCCACGCCCUAAGUUUAAAGCUAAUUGGGAGAUGAGGCCAGAUUUACCCGAAAUUAAUAAAUUCAAUGACGUUGUUGAGGCUGUAGACUACAUUUAUAAGGUUCUUCCUCCACUUCAAGGAUUUCUUUAUGCAUUACAUGAUCGUAUUGACGAUAUUACGGAAACUAUGCCAGAUGUAAGCGGAAUUGAAAAACUUUUACAGUCUUUGAGAAACUCUUUGUCAUCAAUGGAUGGGGACUUAAGCCAAUUAAAGAAUGCAUUAAAGAAAGGACUAACAAGACAAGAUGUAAUGGAUAUUAUUAGCAGUAUGAUGCAGGAUCUUUACACAACAUCAUCAGUUGGUGCUGUCAAAUGUAUUGCUUGCAGAAGAGAAGUUACACAAGUUGCUGGUGCAAUUACAGAAGUUGAUGCACUUAAGACGCUUGGUGCACCACCAAAUGCACUUGCAAUGAUUGGAACUCCAAAUAGAGUUGCUAAUAUGUAUAGUAAUGAUAACGUGCUUGAAAAUGGAAUGAUUGAAUCACCUAGAUCCACAAGAUCAUUCAGAAGCACAGCCCGUUCAAUCAGCAGGAGAAGAGGACCACUAUAA